AUGCGGCUCCUCAAUACCAAAACUCUCCAGAUCGAACAAUUCACCAACCAUGGCGGCUACAACACUCUGCUGAAAAAAGGCAGCGAUCUCACUGCCAAGCGCGCAACUCCUCGCUACGCAAUCCUUUCUCACACAUGGGGCGAAGGUGAAGUCAUCUUCCAGGACAUGCAGACCAAUGAUCGCUCCGCAGCGAUGAAGAAGCGCGGGUGGAGGAAGCUCGAAGAUAGUUGCAGGCGGGCGGCGAGAGAUGGCUUCGAGUAUAUCUGGAUUGAUACUUGCUGUAUUGACAAGACUAGCUCGACAGAGUUGUCUGAAGCUAUUAAUUCCAUGUUUCAGUGGUACAGAGAAUCAGCUCUCUGUUAUGCUUUCUUGGAAGAUUGCCAGGGUCCUUUGCCUUAUAGAACGGGUUCAUCGUCCUCUGCUUUACCUCGAUGGUAUACUAGAGGAUGGACACUGCAGGAGCUUAUUGCGCCAAAAGUCGUUCAUUUCUACUCUCUGUCAUGGCAGUUUCUCGGCACCAAAGAUGAUCAUUUAGCUGAGCUUUCACGCGUAACGGGCAUUGACACAUAUGCUCUUGGUGGCGGUGAUUUGUCACGCAUCAGCGUUGCGCGACGUAUGAGCUGGGUUGCCAAUCGUCAGACAACUGUGGCAGAGGACAUGGCCUACAGUCUUCUGGGUAUCUUUAAUCUCACCAUGCCGAUGCUUUAUGGAGAAGGAUCGAAGGCAUUCAUACGCUUGCAGAAGGAGAUCAUGAAGGGGACGGAUGACCAGUCGCUUUUUGUGUGGACUGAAGAGGGCUUAAAGGGACAAUAUCGGACUGCUCAAGAGGGAGGCGGGUUGCUGGCGCUAUCUCCGACUUUCUUCAAGGGCGCU